AAAUUGGUCAUGACAUUAUUAACAUUAGUUUAUCAUUGUGUGUAAAUUCUCGGUCAAGACUAGAAAAAAUUGAAAUUUAUCCAGAAAAGGGUGAAGUAAUACUUAAAAGAAACAAGAGAAGCAUUAGGAUUGGGCAUGUUAAUAAAAGUCUCACGGCAGAGGAUAUCAAAGAUGCUAAAUAUCCAGAAUUCAAAUUUACUGAUAAAGAUAAAAAUGAUCCGAUGGGGUUUUAUGCAGAAUAUGAAAAUGGCAUCAUAACUAGCAAUAAAAAAGACAUCCUUGCGGGUAAUAAACUUAAGGUUGCAAAUAUAUACCGUGAAUUUCUUCAAAUAGAUGCUCGAAUUCCUCUUCAAACUGAUCCUGGCAUUUAUUUGACUGCACCGUUUUAUGACCCUAAUUCUGAAGUUAAAAAAAUCAAGUAUUACGAGAACAUUAAGAAUUAUCUAAAUGAACAAAACUCAACCAAAAUACUUGAUCCUUCGAAAAUUAAUGGUGCCAUUAAUUUUAAUUUGAAUCAAGAAGAGCUAACCGAAUCAAAUAAAAUGAUGUUCCUCAAACCGGUACAUAUAGAUGACGAUAACUUAGCAAAUGAUAUCAAUAUACAAAUGACAAAUUUUAAUGAACUUAUGAGAACAUGUUAUCAUGCCAUAAAUUACAAUGCUCAUAUUUUUUCGCAAUCUGAAAUUCAAAGACGUAUGUCUUUGAGAUCUUUAUAUACAUUUGAGCAAGCAUGUCGUGAGAUGAAGGAAUGGAUAAAGAAAUGGGCAGCAAAAAAAAUUAUAAAUCUAAAAAAGGGGGAAAAGUCAACAACUAAAUACAUUCAUUUCGCUGGGCCACGCUUAACUGAAUUGAUUAAGGCAUUAAAUAAUAAUUGGACAACUUUUGAUUUAGUUGAUGACAUUAGAAUCACCUGGCUUGAAAAUUUUCGUAAAAAUGAAUGGGAUGAAUUUAUUAAAUGUAUCAAGUACCAGUGGAUUAGAUUUUAA